GUCACCCAGUGUCGGCGUGCCCUGGGCCAGCACAGGCGUCUCUAUGCCAGCGACGAGAGCAACGUGCUGGUGGCGGCGGCCAAAGAUGCCUUGGCCAGGGCUGAGGCAGCCGUCCGAGCGGAGCUGGCGCCGGACGACCUCCCCCGCUCCGCCAAGGACAAUCUCGUCGUCAAGCUCGCCCAAGCUGAACUGCAUGAGACUCAGAUCAAGGACCUGAACGCGAAGCUCACCAAGGCGAAGACACGCCAUCAAGUCGUCAGCUCGCAAGGCACGUCCAUCCGUGCAGAGGCUGCCCAGGCCCAGGCAGCAGUCGCAGCGGCGGCGGCAGCCCUUGCGCAGCCAGUGGAGACGGCGCAGGCCGCGGAGGCAGCCUCAGCCAUCGCCCACCUCCAGCACAUACUGGCACAGGCGCAGCUCGCCAUCCAGAGCGGCAACUCCAAGGAGAGCGUCGGCGCGCAGCUGCUCGACAGCCUCGCGGGGCAGCUCCCGCAGACGCAGUCGUCGCGUCCCACGCAGCAGCCCAUACAG